UGUCACUUGUCAACCUCGCGUGUUAUUUAACCACAAUAAACAAAUUACAACAUUUUCACGUUAAAAGGUGUUCAAAAUGGCAAAUCUACCGCAGAACUAGUCACUGAUGGCUAAUAAAAAAUGCCCCCUUUGCAAGAAAAACCUGAGUCUGCAGCAAGUCAACUUGAGUUUGGCCGUCUACUUGUGCGAGGACCUCAACUGCAAAUACCCGGUGGGCUACGAUUGCACUGUGGUGGAGCGAAAGCUCGAAGACAUGGAUAAAAGUGUGGAUCUUUCGAGCGAGAAAGAAAGCGAGGAGUUGGACGAUUGGAUUCACGAGGUGGUCAAGGAGAAGGUUCCCGAGACCACGAUCGACUUGUCAAACGCCGAAACUGAAAACGAGUCAGCCGAAGACUGGAUUGAUGAUCUCGUGGAAGAGGCGGUGAACGAGGCCCGGCGGUAUGAGGCGUCCAACGAGGUGACCGGCGACAAUUCGGCAAGCAUCGGCGAUUUAGACGACUUUUUAGAUUUUUUGUAGUAUUUAAAUGAAGUGAGUAUUAUUGGUUCAAGUUUCUAUUUUGAGAAAUAAUUUAUGCGUUGUUUUAAUAAAACAAAAAAAAUGA